GCGGCCGAAAAAGCGUCCGAUGGGAGAGGACGACGGUACGGAGCAGCGUAGCUGCGUCGGACAGCAGCGCACGUUUUGAUUGCGAUUUCAGCCGGGCGGCUGGAGGCGCACACGGGUACAUGGCGCGGUCAGCGAAAGAUGUGCCACGAUGACACGCGCUUCUCGUCUGCGGGAUAACUUGCCGGCGGCGGCGGCGUGCUGCGCUCCGCAUCAUCUUCAUCUCGUGACGACGGUGCGGUGGUUGUGUGUGUGGUGGGCCCUUCAGGCGCUCCUGUGCGCGGGGACAUGCGACUCGGCCGACGUGGAUGUGGUGGCCACUUGUUACGCCGACUGCGGAUCGCGCCUGUUGGUGGAAGAGGAGAGCUUCAACGUGGUGUGUGACGAGGAGUGCCGGUUGCGAAAGUGUCGAGAUGGCUGUGACAAGUGGCGGUAUCCCUCGUCAUGCGAUCACGUUUGCAAUAAGACGGGCUCCUCUCAUGGAAAGGACCUAUUCUGUCUUAUGGGUUGCAACCUGGCAGUAACGGAAUACCUACGACAUGUAAAAGCACAAAUCGGCCAGCCGCUUCCGCCUUACCUGGUGGCCGACUCGCGAACCCAUGACACGGUGACCAUUCGCUGGAAGACGUCGCCACUGGCGCCCAACGUCACCUACCUGGUGCAAUGGAAAUACGAGGCCCUGCCCAGCGACUGGGAGUACUACAGGCCUGACCUCCCGCUCGCCAAAAACGUACUGCGAAUUCAGGGACUCAGACCUUACACCAAAUACAGGUUCCGAGUUGCCUGGAUUCUUCUGCCAAACCAGAGUCCCCUGUUUUCGCAGCCCAGCGUCGUCAUAUCUACCGAGCCACAUGGAGUUCCUUCGACCCCACCAAAGAUCACCAGCCUCACUACUGUCGGCCCUCGGAGCAUCGCGGUCAGCUGGGACCCUCCACUGUUCCCGAAUGGACCGAUCCUCUCCUACGCUCUGUACCUCGUGGAACAGCCCAGUGGAUUUACAACUGUCAAGGACGUUUCGGACGUGUCCGGUGGCCUGUACUUCAUGUUCAGUGGCCUCCGACCGGAAGUUCUGUACACAGUGUCGGUGGCUACCAACAACAACCUCGGUAUGGGACCGGCUGACAAGCGCAACAUCACGACGCCACCACAGAGCGUCAGCAACAUGAUACCUAUUCCUGAACCAUUCCUCAUCAUCGCAACAAAAUGGCAAGUGCUGAGACAAGGACUGAGCAUCCUGGACCCACCGGUGGCAGAAUUCUACACUCCAUCACAUUCAAUUGAAAUAACUGGCGUCGCCAUGCACGUGUCUCAGAAUGUGCUCUUCGUGGCCGACAGCUCGGGCACCAUCUACCGCGUCGACCUGUCGGAAAAGUUUCGCUACAGCCCCAUCUUGCACAACGGCUCUAGUCACCCCGGUCUUCUAUCGGUAGAUUGGUUGAAUCAGCUGCUCUACAUUCUCGAAGACGGCCAGAUAACCAGGUGCAACUUCACUGGACAGGACUGCAGAACGGCCGUGUCGGGAUUCGACAAAAGGCCUAGCGAAAUGAAGGUUGAUCCUUAUAACGGCUACCUCUACUGGGUCCUCCAAAAUGGCACCACCGGAGGCCUCUACCGUAUCGACCUUGCGCGCAUUGCGAAGAACGCCGCGGCGAGACGCGAGGCGCAGCUUCUGGUCAAGGACACCGACCUGAGGACGUUCGUGGUCGACUACAAGAACUACCGGCUACUGCUGCCCAAAAAGUCGCAGAACACCGUCGUGUCGGUGUCGCUGUCGGCUGGCGACGAGACCGACGUGCGCCGCAACUCGCAGCGUCACCAGUUCACCGACGUUCGCCGGUUAGACUCGCACGGCGGCAACCUCUACUGGACCACAGCGGCAGAAGCCUUCGGCGAGGAGUACCACGACAAGGGAGACAAGUUCUACCACAACAAGUACACCGUUGAAGGACAGCCGCUCGUCUACCUGGGCGUGUUUCAUCUCCUUUCGCAGCCGUUCCCUGUUCCUGUCAACCCAGUUCAAGGAGUACAAGCCAUCUUCAAGGAGGACCUAGCUAAGAUUGCUUGGGAAAAACCACGGCUUCUUGGGGGACUGGGCGCCGGCUCCUGGCAGGAGUGGCUGUACGAGGUCCGCAUGCAGGACCAGUCAACGCAGGUGUACAUCUACGCGAUGAACAUCAGUGACACCACGACCACGGUGCGCAACCUGAGACCCGACACCGCCUAUUCGGUCAAAGUGCGCGCCUACAGCGCCGGCGGAAGGGGACCCUGGUCCGUGGACUUCGUGGGACGCACACUACGCAAACCCUCAAAGCAAGGCUUCCCCUACAUGUUAUGGAGCGCCAACGAAGCCCUGCUCAAGUCUGACAUCGUGGGCGACAGCGUGCAGCCUCUGAUCCAUUUAAGCAGCCUCAACGGAGCUUACAUUACAGAUAUCGCUUGGUAUCAGAACCAGCUCUUUCUGAACACAAACACCUCGACGGUAUACACCUACAACGUGUCGUCUCAUUUCUCCCUGGAGCGACUGCCCAACAUAAGCCAUGCGGCUGCUGUGGCAGUCGACUGGUUGGCACCGAAACUGUACUGGUCGAGUCCGCUCCGGCAAAUGAUAUCCCGUUCCAACCUGGACGGCACUCACCCCGAGGCGCUUCCUUUUUUAACGAUGGCUCAAGAGAUAGCCGUCGACUCGCUGGCCGGCUAUCUCUACUGGGCUACUUCGCACAGCGUGGAAUGCUCCCGCCUCAACGGCGACGACAGGCUUUCUUUCUUUCAAACUGGACUCUUCUCCGGCAAGCAAGUAAUGGGGCUUACGCUCGACGUCGGCAACAGAAAGGUGUACUGGAUGGUUCGGAGCUUCGAAGGGUCGAAGCUUUUUCAAGCCCCCAUGAGAAAAGACGUCCAGGACAACCAUAUCGCCGGGAAGAUCAUUGGACCUCUAAGCGAAAGCGAAAUGAAGGGGCCGGUGUGGUACUUCAGUGACCGGCUCUACUGGAUCCACCAGGAGAAGCAGGCUGUCAUUUCUAACAUGCUCGGUCAGAGCGUUGCCACGCUCAAGGGCCUGGGUCUCUUCGAACUGAAGGCUUUGGCCGUGGUCGACUCAUCACUGCAGCCUUAUCCAGGUGGCAUGGACAAGGCUGUGGUGAACGUCGUUCCAUCUCAAAUUAUGCCGGAGGGAAUUCAGGUGAUCGGCACGUGGGAAAACUUCACAAUCAUCUGGCCUUUGGAGACCGAUGUGAACUACGGGAAAGUGCGGUAUGAGCUCAGGAUCAAGGACGACCGAGAGGUGUACACCCAGGUGACGGAAGCAAAUCGCUUCGUGUACCCAUCGUCCAGUCUUCUGAGGCCUUACACUCGCCUGGAAAUCGUAGUGAGGGCCUACACGUUCUGGGCGUCCUCGAGGCCGACGACUACAGUGAUUUACUCUCCUAUGUCGGUACCGACGGAGCCCCUGCAACCGCGCGUAUUCGUGAGCCACAAGUCAUCGCCGCUGCGACAGCGCUCGGUCAUAGAGGCCGAGUUCCGCUGGGCGAGGCCGCAGCACCCGAACGGCGUGAUCGAGAGCCACCGCGUCAACUGCUGGUUCUUCAAGGACGGCAGCAUCAGCACGCUGUGCCACAACGUGCGAGUCUCCGGUGACGCCCUGCACUACCGCAUCACCGACCUGCUGCCCAACACCACGUACUACUUUCAGGUCGGUGCGGCAACGCGCGCGGGCGAAGGUCCGAUGAGCGACCCGGUGCAAAUGAGCACGGCCCGCGAACACCCCGUGCCGAGACUGCUGCUCGCCAAGACCGACGCCGUCAAGCUGAGCGACGUAGACCUGCACCAGGAGAGGCUGCUAUCCAGCAAGGCCAGCCGACCCGUGGCUCUGGCCUACUUGGGACAGGACGGGCGCGUCUUCUGGCUCGAAGAGAAAGGGCUACUCAUGGCCUCAGCGCUCGACGGCUCCAACAUUAGCGUGGUGCACAGCCUUCCGUCAGCAGGUACAAGCCUAGCCAUCGAUUGGGUCGGUCGGUACCUGUACUGGACGGAGAACAAACGUUCCACUGGACAGAGUUCCAUCAUCGUUAUGGACCUGAAUCAAGGACACAACUUCUACAGCGUCCUGAACAGCAGCGAACACAUAAACUCCGUGGAGGUCGACCCAUUCACAAGCACUCUCAUCUACACUGUGACCAACGAGCGUGGAGCCACAACACUCAUGGUGUGUGACACGGACGGUUCGAACCCACACCGUUUCUUCAAGAGGCUGCAUGUGGCGAAUAACGAGCUCUACCGGUCGCCGAGAUUAAGAAAGCGCCGCGACCGGAGCUCCUGCACGUGCGACCCACAUUCAUCGGUGGGACAAGCGGUCACCCUGGAUAGGUCGGUGAAGACUGACCCUCGGCUGCUGUGGGUAGACGGCGAUCAUGGUCACGUGUGGUCGGCCGACCUGGAUGGCUGCAACUGCACCGUGAUUGUCAACGCUACCGAGGUCAAGGACGUCGGUUUGCCACCGACGUCUCUCACGGCUGACAAGUUUUUUAUCUACUGGUCAAACUCGUCAACGAACAAGAUUUACAGCUACGACAAAUAUAAGUUGGCAGUUGUUUCGGACGCGUCUCCCAGUGGCGCCAAUGCACACGGUCAGCAGAAGCGACGUGUCCAGUCUGAAGCUGCUCGUGGAAUCCGUGGAAUACGAGCCAUCGGCGACCACCUUCAACCUUAUCCUGACGCUGUGUGUUUAUCGCCACCGGACAACGUUACCGCACCGACGCUCGUUUCGGCCUCUCCUCACCAGCUGGUCAUCAAGCUACCUGAGCCCGUAAGACCAUCUGUGUGCCAGAAGGUUUCAAUGGCCUCUAUCAAGUACACGCUGUUCUACGGCUUGAUCACCCCAGACAAUGUGUGGCAGUGCUCCGAGUCUCUCUACGGCUGCAGGACGCUGGAAACUUACAACACAACCGUUAUUCUCAAGGACCUACUUCCUUUCACAAACUACACCGUCCGGGUAGCGAUGAGCAACUUCUACAGCAUUGGAAUGUCUAGUCCUGGACCAAACGCAAUCUUCCAGACAGCAGAAGGAGCUCCUAGCGAACCGAUCCUGGUCCAAGUGGAGGCGCUGACUCCCACUCGCAUAGCGGUCCAGUGGCGUCCUCCGAUCAAGCCCAAUGGUCACCCACUAUCGUACGAGGUGCGCUGGUACCGCGAAGGCAGCGUGCACAAGUGGCACUCCAUGUCCUACCUGUCGGGCACGCCAACCGAUGACCGCUCAUUAAGCUACAGGAUGCUGCUUAAGGACAUGGUGCCUGGAACUAAGUACAGCAUACUGGUGAGAGCCUAUUCACGGAAAGGGGACAUGCACAGUGACAGUGAGUUGCUGUCCGUCACCACCUACGACUUGCCAGAAAACCUGACGUUGGCUCGCGUGACGGCGCGCGAAAUGGACCUCACGUGGACGGCGCCGAGCGAACCCGUUAUACUGAGCCACAGGGUUGAGUACCUCAAGCCGAGCACCUCCGAGUGGCGGUACUUCACGAGCGAAGCGACGCAGGCGAACCGAACGUACAUCUAUCCGCUGCGCAAGCUCCUGCCCAGGACCCGUUACUCGCUGCGCAUGGUGCUCACCUACCACAGUUCCCUCAAUGACAGUUUCCCGUGGCCUCCUAUCGGACACUUCGCCUUCCAGACGCUGGCCGACAGCCCCGGCAAGGCGACUCCUCCCGAGGUGUCACCCCUCGGCAAAGAUCUCUACCAGGUUGGGUGGAGCGACGUGCCGCGCAACGGCGGUGACCUACUUCUCUAUGAACUGCAAGUCAGGUCCGUGGACGCCGUUGCUGAGCAACGAACGGACGACAGCAGCUCGCCCACAGUCCCCAGCGAAUCGGCUUGGGUCACGGUUCACAACAGCAGCGUGAACCAUUGGAUCAUUCGAAACCUGCUGGCUGAGCACAAAUACGUGUUCAGGGUUCGGGCUCUGAACGAGUACGGCGAAGGGAAGUUCAGCGAACCCAGCGAGCCGUUCGAACUGCCAGAGCCCGGAGCUGUUAUCGACAUUCCAUACAGCCCUGUCAGAAGAAUCAUUAUCUUCGCAUUCCUCGGCAUUCUGCUGUUUGCCAGCGUGCUCAUAUUGUCUGUCUACAUUGUUUACAAGAGGAGGCAGAAGGAAAAGAAAGUUCUUCAGGACAACGUUCGUGAUCUCCGCCCGGACCUUGAACUGGCCACGCUGAGUGAACUGCCUCGCAACGGGAAUUUCAUUCAACAGAACAACGCUUUGUAUGCACUUGGAGAUCUACCUUUGGAUGAAGAGCUCGCUUCUGUGCCUCUCAUCGAGAGGGAUCAGAUAAUACUUACAAAGUUCCUGGGAAGUGGAGCCUUCGGCGAAGUCUACGAAGGAAUUGCGCACAGCCUCGGAGGAGAAGGCAUGCCACCAACCAAGGUUGCUGUUAAGAACCUUCGCAAAGGUGCCACGGAGCAGGAAAAGGCUGAAUUCUUGAAGGAAGCGAAGCUCAUGAGCAACUUCAAGCACGAACACAUAUUGAGGUUACUCGGGAUUUCCCUGGACAACAGCCUGCAUUUCAUUAUACUCGAACUAAUGGAAGGAGGAGACCUCCUGUCAUACCUCAGAAGCAAUCGACCAGUCGCGGGAGAGAGGUCACCGUUGACACUGAACGACCUUCUCAGCAUAUGCGUAGACGUAGCCAAAGGCUGCAAGUAUUUGGAAGACAUGCACUUCGUGCACAGGGAUCUUGCGGCGAGGAACUGUCUCGUGUCGAGCACGGACCCCGCCGAGCGCGUUGUGAAGAUCGGCGACUUCGGGCUGGCACGAGACAUCUACAAGCACGAUUACUACCGCAAGGAGGGAGAAGGACUGCUACCCGUAAGAUGGAUGCCGCCGGAGUCGCUCGUGGAUGGCGUCUUCACCAACCACUCGGAUGUGUGGGCCUUUGGUGUCCUUCUGUGGGAAGUCAUGACGAUGGGCCAGCAGCCUUAUCCAGCCAGAAAUAAUCUCGAAGUCCUCCACUAUGUACGCGAGGGAGGGCGUCUUGACAAUCCGGACAACUGCCCCGAUGACCUCCACGAACUCAUGCUUAGAUGCUGGUCGUACAACCCGGAGGAGAGGCCGGAUUUUGCAUUUUGCUUGGAUACCUUGGAGUUUCUGCGAGAGAAAUACCAGGCUCUCGCAAGCAUUGCUACGGCUGUCCACAAUCACAACUACAUUGGACAGUCCUUCACGGGUCCUAGCAAAGUUCUGAGCACUCCGGAGCAGAAUUCGUUGCUUCUGGCUCAAGAAUCGGAUUGCCUCAGCAUUUCAAGUGACCCAGCAAUGACACAGUUGCCGCUGCUGCAGCACAGCCGGUACGACGCAUCGCCUUUAACGCCGACCGACAUGAAUGACAAUGCGACGCGGUACCUGCAGCUGCUGUGCGACAACGAGCCAGCGGUCGACGCCGACGGCUACGAGGUCCCGCUGCCGCCACCACCAAACCAUGUUAGUUCUUUUCGGCAAGUCGGCGGCGGCAUGGAAGCGUCUUCUCUUAGGGUCCCGGCUAAGCCGAGGGCACCUCUUCCUAUUGCGGCCACACGGUCUUCGCGCAUGAAGGCGGUGCCACCACCGGCGCUGUCUUUUCCCAGCAUGUCACCGCCGGCAGUUCCACGGGUGAACCACAUCACCGCCAGCAAGGAACAGAGUCGCAGUAGAGAGUCGCUGCUGAACAGUGACCAACGGCACAGCGAGGUUGACGGUAGCAACGACUGCGGCCGGAGGUCACCAACCGUCACAUCGGCGCUUCUGAAGUCGCCCAAGAGCAGCUGCUCCGAUUCAGAGUCGGGGGAAGGCGGGACGGCGCCGACGUAUGACCCGAUAGAGACCCUCAAGGAGAUCUUCGCGCGUGGGGGUGGUCGAGGAAGGGAGACAGCGGAUGCCCAGGGCUGGUCGCUGUCCACGUCCUCGACAGCACCAUGCACGCCCUGUACGACGAGUGGGGACGACUCCGCGCCAGCGAGCCAUCGCAACAGCGGUAGCGGUAUCUCGUCCCUAUCGGCCACAUCGGCCAUGGAGUUGGACUACAUGCCCAAGUCGUCGUGGUGCUGAGAACCGGUGUGUGUGUUUGUGUGAGUGAGUGCGUGUGCGCAUUGAACUUCGAGCGGAAAACUGUGGCGGACUCGAGUGGCCAAGCUGGAUGACAGUAGAAGCCUGGCAACAGGUGUCUUUGUGGAGCGUCUUAUCGACAGGACUGAAAGGAAUAAGUCAGCGCAGUGGUUUAAGCGUGCCACGGAGAAAGUGCGGUGAAACGAAAUGUUUUUUUUAGGGAGCCAUCUUGUGGACUUGGAGACGGGUGCAUUUAGCACUUGCACAAUGAUUUCUGUCAGUGUUCGUUGGCUAGGGCUACAGACUGAUAUGAAUGGGCAAAGUUUUAUAGAAGUCGCAGUGACGCAGUUCGAUUGAUCUGUUCUCUUCUGCAGGUGCUAAACAAAGCGUGAACUUGUCAAACAAGGAUGCGGGGAAAUACCUUUAUGAGCGGACCAAUUGCUGGUAGUUUUUGCCAUCGGUGACGUUUACUGUGUUCAAUGCAGAGGUCUUAGAAAAUUCCUAGCGUCAACCAUGCAGAGAGUCUCGGUGGGCAGUGAAAAGUCAGUUGCAUUUGAAUUAUUCACUGCCGAAACCUCAUGUCACUAAAUUUCGCCAACAAAUGCCGGUGCAUCUUAAGUGAAAGCCAAAGCAAGGCACCUGCAUCCAAACAAACAAAGAUGGAAGGCUAUACGUUAUGAACUACAUUUAAUUGUUUUUUAAGUAUGAUGCUCUUGCGAGUAGCUCCCCUUCUCACCAGCUUUCAAGUGACCGGGCACUCCCACAAGAACAUACGGGCACUUCAAGCGAGAAUUCCGGGAACCCAAACGAAAUCAUUGGAGGCGAUCAGCCAAAAGUUAGACGAAAUGUUUGCAUUUAUUCUACCUCUUUACGAGGCACUCACGCAGGGUGACGUCGUGUUUCGGUCACAGUUUUACAAGUUUCUUUGUCAUGCCAAAGUCAAAUACGUAUAUAAGAAACCUAUGGUGCUUGUUAAACUCCUGAGAGUCUUGCCUGUGUACAAAUAUAUAUAUAAUAUGCCUUUUGCUCUUGCCACUCUAAGGGCAUGUACUUGUACCAUAUCUUGUCUGUCACAACAUUGUCACCCUUCACCUAGUAGUUGUGUUACGUUUGAAUUUAUGGCACAUCGUUUACUAUCGAUGUGCUUCAGCAGUGGUCUUGGGGAGUGUACGUUUUAUGUAAAUAAUAUAGAUCUGAAGAUAUAUAUAUAUAUAUAUUAUGCUUACAAUCAAACUACAUAUAUGAACAAAUGAACUUCAUCUUUGUGUGUGUGUGUGUCCUGUAAAUUAAUGUCCUGUAAAUCGUAUCUUUUAGCUGUAUAGAACCCACGCAUGCCUCUGUGUUUUCUGAAGCCACUGAGUUUUACUAAAGGUCAUGUUGUUUGCAUGCGUGAUGAUAUUUUAGUCGCACAAAUUUAUUUUGACCAACUCCGCGUACAAUUUUCAGGCCUCGUGUAGAAGCCUAAGUUUACUGAAAUUGUAGGCGCCGAAUACGUCGCUGUUUCAAUUUGUUUGUUCCAGUUCCUAAAUUAAAGAGGUCCCAACAAAC